AUGUCACCCACCAUCCGGCGCUUGAUGAAGGAGGCCGCAGAGCUCUCAGAAUCCUCCCCAUCGCCGUCGCCGCAUUUCUGCGCCCAUCCCGUCUCCGAUUCAAAUCUGUUCGACUGGCACUUUACCAUGGCCGGGCCACCGGCUCCGUCCGCAUAUGCUGGGGGAAUUUACCACGGCCGCAUUGUCCUACCACCCACGUACCCGCUACGGCCGCCAUCUUUUCGUUUCCUGACACCAUCCGGAAGGUUUGAAGUGAAUCGCGAGAUCUGUCUUAGUAUCAGCGGUCAUCACGAGGAGACGUGGCAGCCUGCGUGGGGUAUUCGCACUGCCCUGACAGCUAUCCGGAGUUUCAUGGAUGGAGAUGCAAAGGGGCAACUAGGUGGCUUGGAUGCGCCGGAAGACGUGCGCAAGGUGUGGGCUCAGAAAAGCCGGUCCUGGCGAUGCGAUUGCAUGGAUGGCAAGACGAAUGAACAGGUUCUCAAUGAGUGGCGGGAGAUGUGCGCGCAAAAAGGCAUUUCAGUGGAUAACGAAGACCGAGAAACCGUGCCAGAUCAAUUAAAGAUGAGCUAUAAGCAGAACUUCGACGACAACAAGUCUCCAUCUGCACCGGCCGUUUCAGGCACGAAAGAGAGACCGACUUCCCUUCCUAGUGAGGCCAAUGCGGAUUCAACCCAUCAGACAAGUCCACCAGCUCUCACGCUGCCACAAGCACCUCCGAUGAUAAACUCAACGACCGCAAGAAACAUAUCAGCCGCCGGUACGACUUCUUCUACAGGGCCUGCUGCAAGUUUCUCUAAUACACAAGCCGCGUCAACUACACCUCCAAGGCCAACACCAACACCAACACCAACAACUGCCACGACCUUAAACAGUAGUACAACACGGACGAUGCGAACAAACUCACAAAGAAGCGCUCUCAACGAUAGCCUAUGGCUGGACCGAGCUAUCGCAGGGGUAAUUAUUGCCCUCAUAUUCAUGAUUCUAAGAAGGAUUGCUACUUCGGAAGAUAUCUAA